CAUUCUCUGCAACAUGGCCAGCUACGGUCAAAGCGCACCGAUCUUGGAGUAUUCUGGCGAGGCGGGUCAACUAGUCGACGAUCCAGAAUUCAACCUGUCCGUAGAAAACAGCCAGAGUUUGAUCGAAAAGGUGUUGAAUGCUAUUCCUGAGACGCACACAUCGUGCAUUCAUUCUGAGACCCUGAUUCUUAACUCGAGCAGUGAGAACAGGAAACUACAAUACCUGGCGAUCAACCUUGGCAUCCCCUCUGCUCCCACACUCAAAGCCUUGACAGAUAACUUUACUUUGGAGACCUGUCUGAGACGUAUGUCAGAGGGACUACAGAUGCACCAGGACCUGCUAAGAGCUGUCGUACAACGCCUGGCCAACACAGAGAAAAUCACUGCACUACUGACUGAUAUCAGAGAUCUCCGCAUCCAGAUCAACAGGAUGCUGAAAGCGGUCCAAGUGGCGGAGAGCCCGGUGGCGGUGCAGCCCACAGCCAUAAGCCUGGCCUCUCAUCUCACUGGGGACUAUGAGGUUCAGGUAGCCACACAUCUGACUCUGGUGCAGCUCCAAAGCUUUGGCCAGGACAUAGUCCGCAGUCUAAGGAACAUAGCCCAAGCAAAUGGGGAGAGGGAUUGA